AUGCUCAAAGCCAUACCACGUCAAACAGCUGUAAAAAAGCGUACUAGUAGCAGGGCUGGGGGAAAGACUGGGGGGGGGGUGUGUGUUACAGAAACUGGCAUUUAACAGUGCUUGUCUCAGGAGCUGCUUGAACUGAAAUGGAUCUUUUUUCCCCUUUCUUUCUCAUAUGGGCAAAGCUGUUAAAGUUGCUCAAGCAGUGAUGCCCCAGUCAAAUCUGCCAUACGCUUGCAGCCUGUGAGUUCUCUUGUCCUUUUCUUCCCACUGGUUAAGCAAGAUUGGUUUGGGAUAAAGUCCUGUGUCUGUAGCAUGAUAUUAUUGAUGUAGCGCAAUAGUUGGGCUUUAUGGGGUGACGUACUCCUCAUGCAGCGUCAGUUUAAAUUCAUGAAAGGUAGUAUUUUGCCCCUUGUGUACAGUCACUAAAAUGUUACAUUCUUAAUAGGGAUGUACUGAAGAGCUUUCUGGCCUGUGUUUGCUCAGAGCAAUUAUGUUGACACCAACAGAAGUACUUAUCUGCACGAAUAUUGUGUUUUUCUUCAUAAUAAAACUAAUUUUGUUGAGAUCGGUUACUGUUUCUAAAAUGGCAGGCAAAGGGUGAAGAAAGGCAAAGAAUCUCAUGACUUCUGCUGGUCUUCUCUUUUCUGAUAAAUCUUUGGCUGUUGACUUAGCUAGAAUAUUGACUCUGUGAUAGACCUUCAUUAUCUGCUUAGAAACCAUCUUAACAAGAAAGCACGCUAUCAACUUCAGUGUAUGGACAGGUCUCAAUAAAAUUUAAGUUGGCUGUAGGCAAGCAUGGUUACAGACCUUGUUAUCUCCUCAGAUGAGUAAGGCAAAUCUUGUAGAGAACUGUGCAGUGCAAAACUGAAACCAACUUUGAUUGCCUGUCUCGCAGAUUGCCAGUUUUGUGUGUGAGAUCAGUGAGAUGCUCUCAUUGGUUUGUGUUGCAAAAUGGCAAAGUAAAGGUCUAGUUUGGAGCUCCUCAUGAAAAAUACGUCAUCUGUCAAAGGUGAUGUACCUGUCAAAGAAGACCUGGAACAUUAUACAAUAGCGAUUCUCCUUUUGUUGAGAUAGGUACGACAUUUUGAAGAUGAAGAUGACAUCUGAACAUCUCCUGACAGUGUCUGAUGUUUCUAAAACCUCACUUCUUUCCCUGAGACGCAAAUUCUAAUACUGCUUUUACCAGCCUUUGUUCUUUGGAAGUUCAUUAUACUGCUUGAAUAGACAUCAUCCAUUUCUUCUACUUCAGCUGUUAAUUCCCUAGUUAUGCCUGAAGGGAACAUUUAAAAAGAAAAUUUCUCUAUAACUGGCUGAUCUGCAGGAAUCAAAUCUUUUUCAGGCUGGGUGGGUUUUUAUUUUGCUUGCAGACUGAAGAAUAUUUUCUGUGGGAAUGAAAUCUAGGCAGCUCAGCUUCACUAGUAUUAACUCUGACAGCUAACAAACAACCCUAUGCUCUAACCGUGACUUGAGUUCAGCAGUUGGUCGUUAAUAAAUGAGCCAGGAGUGCUGUGUGCUACCAUCUUAAUGAGACAGUAUAUUACCCGAUGUUCUUUAACUGUUAAUAAAGUACUCCUUAAUCUGUUUUUCUCUUGUGAAUAAUAGCCGUUUUUUAAAAUGUCCUCAGAUGAAUACUAAUUUAUGUUGAAACUUAAACUGCAAGUGCUUGUCUUUAUUUGAUAGACUGAUGUGAGGACAGCUGCAAUUUGGACAUUUCCCAUGGGAAACCCACAGUCAUCUGCCAGGCACUUAGAUUUCAAUGCAGCCAAAAUGUCAUUAAAAUUCCUCAGUUCGAUUCCCCUUUUCUGGCAUUUUCAAGGAUGGCUCUUGGCUUCUGUGUGAUACCAAAUGCUGUCAGACCACAGUGAAAUGAGUCUUGCUGCCUCCAGAAACAAAUGUGAAUCAUCUUGGGGUGUCAAGUGGCUGAAUGGAUCAAGCUUGAAAUGUUUGGUCUGGUCUGUUCUAGGAGGAUGUGCCUUUUAAAACAUUAAAAACAAUUGAAUGUAAUUUGAAGGUAAGUUUGUAUGUGAGCAGGUAAGAAUUGUUAUUGUAAUUAUUACUGUAAAUGUUUCUCAACUGGCUUUGAGCAGAGAAUGUUCCCACGGGAGUUACCCUAAGGCUGUUAAUUUUGACAACGUCCCAGUGAAAGUAUUGGCCCAGGAUUCCUGCCCUGCUCUGGCUGCCUGCAGACUCCCUGAAGGCACCUAGAUCUGCCCUUCUUAUUACAGUCUCCUCUCAGACAUAUGCUGAAACAUUAGGCAGCCUAUUUGGAGUUGACUCUUCUCCAAAUAAAGGAUCCUAUUAAUGUAGUGUCUUGGAGUGUCCAUAGAAAGUAAUGGUCAUGCUGAGUGGUGGGUGCAGGACUCUGACAGGGCUGCCCAUGACUGACAGCUGCUGGUGAACAAGAGAGCUGCCCGGAGAUCUCCCCAGACUGCAGGCAAGGUUUGACAGAGAAUGCACAAACUGGCAGAUGACAAGCAGAACAACUGACGGGAUAGGCCAGGUGGCUUUUUGAUCCCAUAUUUUAUCAUGCUGAUCGCUGAGGGGAUGCCGCUGCUCUACUUGGAGUUGGCCGUGGGGCAGCGCAUGCGCCGGGGCAGCAUCGGUGCCUGGAAAAUAAUAAGCCCCUACCUCUGUGGUGUUGGUGUUGCCAGCGUUGUCGUCUCCUUCUUCCUCUCUAUGUACUACAAUGUGAUAAACGCCUGGGCCUUCUGGUACCUCUUCCACUCUUUCCAGGACCCCCUGCCAUGGGCCACUUGCCCCCUGAACAGCAAUCGCACUGGCUACGAGGAAGAGUGUGAGAAGACGUCGUCCACCCAGUACUUCUGGUACCGGCAGACCCUGAACAUCUCUCCAUCGCUGGAGGCCAGCGGGAGCAUGCAGUGGGAGCAGGCGCUCUGCCUGACGCUGGCCUGGCUGGUGGUCUACCUCUGCAUUCUCCGUGGCACCGAGUCCACCGGCAAGGUCGUCUACGUAACAGCCUCUUUGCCGUACUGUGUUCUCAUCAUAUACCUCAUCAGAGGAUUAACGCUUCACGGAGCUGUGAACGGGCUCAUCUACAUGUUCACACCAAAGCUGGAGCAACUGUCGAACCCCAAGGCGUGGAUCAGUGCUGCCACGCAGAUCUUCUUCUCACUGGGCCUGGGUUUUGGCAGCCUCAUUGCGUUUGCCAGCUACAACGAGCCCAGCAACAACUGCGAGAGGCACGCCGUCAUCGUCUCACUGAUCAACAGUACCACGUCCAUAUUUGCCAGCAUUGUGACUUUCUCCAUCUAUGGCUUCAAGGCGACGUUUAACUACGAGAGCUGUAUAAACAAGGUGAUUCUGCUGCUGCUGAACGCUUUUGACCUGGAGGAAGGCUCUUUAACAGCAGACAACCUCAGCGAGAUGAAGGACUACCUCAUGGCCACCCACCCCCAGGAAUAUGCCCAGCUAUUGCCACAGCUUAAAAACUGCAGCUUGGAAGCUGAACUAGAUACGGCCGUCCAGGGGACAGGACUGGCAUUUAUAGUCUACUCUGAAGCGAUCAAAAACAUGGAGGUGCCCCAGCUGUACUCCGUGCUCUACUUCUUCAUGCUGCUGAUGCUGGGCAUCGGCAGCAUGCUGGGCAACACCGCCGCUAUCCUCACGCCGCUGACGGACAGCAAGGUCAUUGCCACCCAUUUCCCCAAGGAGGUGAUCUCGGGUGUUGUGUGUUUCAUUAACUGUGUGAUUGGCCUGAUCUUCACCAUGGAGGCUGGAAAUUACUGGUUUGACAUAUUCAACGACUAUGCAGCCACCCUCUCGCUGCUGCUCAUUGUGCUGGUAGAAACCAUUGCUGUGUGUUACAUCUACGGGAUAAGAAGAUUUGAGAAAGAUCUUCACACCAUGAUUGGACGCAAGCCAAACUGGUACUGGAAAAUUAUGUGGGCUUUUGCUAGUCCUUUGCUAAUUAUAAGCCUACUCAUAUUUUACCUCACCGACUAUAUCCUCACAGGAACACUGCAAUACCAAGCGUGGGAUGCCACACAGGGGCAACUGGUGACGAAGGAUUACCCAGGCUACGCCCUGGCGGUGAUUGGGCUGCUGGUGGCGGCAUCCACCAUGUGCAUACCCCUGGGGGCACUAGGAACUUUUAUAAGGAAGAGACUGAAGAGGGAAAGGGUUUCAACCGUUGCAUGAAUGCCAACAGGAUUUGGGAAGACCUUACCCCCAUCGUCUGUGACUGGGCACUUCUGGAAGACAGCAGCAACCAUUAUUUGUAGCGGCUAUGUAUAGAGUUGAGAAUCGCGGGUGCUACAUUGACCAAAAAGUGCUCUUAGGAGGGUCCACAAUGGUUUGGAAAAAAAAAGCUUUUCUGUAACAAGAUGAAGCUUUACAAUGGCCUCUGUAAGAGAGGGGAAAAACAGAACAGCAGCUCACAAAAUGAUAGCUAGCACAAAUUAACCAGCAUAUCAACCCAUUACGCAAUGUUAGGUAAUUCUUUUCCACUCUGUUGUAGCGCUGCCCAUGCGGAAAUACACGAGCACCCAACUAAGCAUGUUCCUGCACCAAAGUACUGGCAAAUACCCUUUCCAUUCAAGAAAGCCAUGCUUAAACAUGCACGUUAUUUGAAAUGACAUCUGUAUUUCAUCAACAGAUGAAACUGUUCAAGUCUUGCAGUGUGAAUGUGAUAAUCCCUUUCCUACAAGGGAAAAGUCAGUAGGACGGUAUUUGAGAUGAGAUGAAUGCGGCCAACACUGCUUCUUUUAUACUUGUGUCCAGCAAAGCAGUUUAUAUGUAUAUAUCUAUAUAUACAGCCACACACACACAUAUGAGCUGCAGAAGUUCUCUUACCUCCAGAAGAAGUAAGCUUCCACUUCCAAUACGCAACUGGGCACUGUGCUGUACUUUGUAUUUUCUAGGGAUGCACUGUAAAUACACUAGAAGAAAUCUGUGAUAAAGCUGCUUUACAAGCCCCACCCAAACAGAAGUAUGCCAUAUAAUUAGCUUUGACAAAGUUCAUAUCCAGGUAUACUUUAAUCAUCAGAUGUAACAAUGCAGCAGUUCCACAGAACUGGUUAAUUUCCCUAAGUAAACUUUUUAUAAAGACAGCAAUACCUUUAACUUUAAGCUUCAUGUAAUAGAAAACAGUAAAAUUGUAUCUAUGAACUUUAAAGAGGACACUGAAGAACAACAGUAGAGACACACUCAUGGAAUGCGGAUUCUUAAUACAGUGACUUAACUAUG